GAGCCGCGGCGUUGGCGGUGCGUGAGGUCUGAGGCCUAGGUUUCGGUGCGGCGGCGGGCUCGAGUGCGGGCGGAGCGGCCAGACCCGCGGCCCCGGCGGCGCCAUGAGCGUGGAGGCGUACGGGCCCAGUUCGCAGACGCUCACCUUUCUGGACACCGAGGAGGCCGAGCUAUUGGGCGCCGACACGCAGGGCUCCGAGUUCGAAUUCACCGACUUCACCCUCCCCAGCCAGACUCAGACGCCCCCGGGCGGCCCCGGAGGAUCCGGGGCGGGAGGCGCUGGAGGCCCGGGCGGCGCGGGCGCUGUGGCCGGACAGCUCGACGCGCAGGUCGGCGGGCCUGAGGGCAUCCUCCAAAAUGGGGCCGUGGACGACAGCGUGGCUAAGACCAGCCAGCUGCUGGCCGAGCUGAAUUUCGAGGAGGACGAGGAGGACACCUACUACACCAAGGACCUCCCGGUCCAUGCCUGCAGUUACUGCGGGAUCCACGACCCCGCAUGCGUGGUCUACUGCAACACCAGCAAGAAGUGGUUCUGCAACGGACGUGGGAACACCUCCGGCAGUCACAUCGUCAACCACCUCGUGAGGGCGAAGUGCAAGGAGGUGACACUGCACAAGGACGGGCCGCUGGGCGAGACAGUGCUCGAGUGCUACAACUGUGGCUGCCGAAACGUCUUCCUGCUCGGUUUCAUCCCCGCCAAGGCCGACUCGGUCGUGGUGCUGCUGUGCAGGCAGCCUUGUGCCAGCCAGAGCAGCUUGAAGGACAUCAACUGGGACAGCUCGCAGUGGCAGCCGCUGAUCCAGGACCGCUGCUUCCUGUCGUGGCUGGUGAAGAUCCCCUCGGAGCAGGAGCAGCUGCGGGCGCGGCAAAUCACUGCGCAGCAGAUCAACAAGCUGGAGGAGCUCUGGAAGGAGAACCCGUCGGCCACACUGGAGGACCUAGAGAAGCCAGGUGUGGACGAGGAGCCACAGCAUGUGCUGCUGCGCUACGAGGACGCCUACCAGUACCAGAACAUCUUCGGGCCGCUGGUCAAGCUGGAGGCCGACUACGACAAGAAGCUCAAAGAGUCCCAGACUCAAGAUAACAUCACGGUCAGGUGGGACCUGGGCCUUAACAAGAAGAGAAUCGCCUACUUCACUUUGCCCAAGACUGACUCUGGUAAUGAGGAUUUAGUCAUAAUUUGGUUAAGAGACAUGCGACUCAUGCAGGGCGAUGAGAUCUGCCUGCGCUACAAGGGGGACCUGGCGCCCCUGUGGAAAGGGAUCGGCCAUGUCAUCAAAGUCCCUGACAACUAUGGCGAUGAGAUCGCCAUUGAGCUGCGGAGUAGCGUGGGUGCCCCGGUGGAGGUGACCCACAACUUCCAGGUGGACUUUGUGUGGAAGUCGACCUCAUUUGACAGGAUGCAGAGCGCACUGAAGACAUUUGCAGUGGACGAGACCUCCGUGUCCGGUUAUAUCUACCACAAGCUGCUGGGCCAUGAGGUGGAGGAUGUCAUCAUCAAGUGCCAACUGCCCAAGCGCUUCACGGCCCAGGGGCUCCCUGACCUCAACCAUUCCCAGGUUUAUGCUGUGAAGACUGUGCUGCAGAGGCCUCUGAGCCUGAUCCAAGGGCCUCCAGGCACUGGCAAGACCGUGACUUCAGCCACCAUUGUCUAUCAUCUGGCGCGACAAGGCAAUGGGCCAGUGUUGGUGUGUGCCCCAAGUAACAUUGCCGUGGACCAGCUGACGGAGAAGAUCCACCAGACCGGGCUGAAGGUGGUGCGGCUCUGUGCCAAGAGCCGUGAGGCCAUAGACUCGCCCGUGUCCUUCCUGGCGCUGCACAACCAGAUCAGGAACAUGGAUAGCAUGCCGGAGCUGCAGAAGCUGCAGCAACUCAAGGACGAGACUGGGGAGCUGUCGUCGGCUGACGAGAAGCGGUACAGGGCGCUGAAGCGCACCGCCGAGCGGGAGCUGCUCAUGAACGCUGAUGUCAUCUGCUGCACAUGUGUGGGCGCAGGUGACCCGCGGCUCGCCAAGAUGCAGUUCCGCUCCAUCCUCAUUGAUGAGAGCACACAGGCCACUGAGCCCGAGUGCAUGGUGCCUGUGGUCCUCGGCGCCAAACAGCUGAUCCUCGUGGGUGACCACUGCCAACUGGGUCCUGUAGUGAUGUGCAAGAAGGCGGCCAAGGCUGGCUUGUCACAGUCGCUGUUCGAGCGGCUCGUGGUGCUGGGUAUCCGGCCCAUCCGCCUCCAGGUGCAGUAUCGGAUGCACCCCGCGCUCAGUGCCUUCCCCUCCAACAUCUUCUAUGAGGGCUCGCUGCAGAAUGGCGUGACUGCAGCGGAUCGUGUGAAGAAGGGCUUUGACUUCCAGUGGCCCCAGCCUGACAAGCCCAUGUUCUUCUACGUGACCCAGGGCCAGGAGGAGAUUGCUAGCUCCGGCACCUCCUACCUGAACAGGACGGAAGCUGCCAAUGUGGAGAAAAUCACAACAAAACUGCUGAAGGCGGGUGCGAAGCCAGACCAGAUUGGCAUCAUCACACCCUAUGAGGGCCAGCGCUCCUACCUGGUGCAAUACAUGCAGUUCAGCGGCUCGCUGCACACCAAGCUCUACCAGGAGGUGGAGAUUGCCAGUGUGGACGCAUUCCAGGGGCGAGAGAAGGACUUCAUCAUCCUCUCUUGCGUGCGGGCCAAUGAGCAUCAGGGGAUCGGGUUUCUCAACGACCCCCGACGCCUCAAUGUGGCCCUAACCAGGGCAAGAUACGGGGUCAUCAUCGUUGGCAAUCCAAAAGCCCUAUCGAAGCAGCCACUGUGGAACCACCUGCUCAAUUACUACAAGGAACAGAAGGUGCUGGUGGAGGGGCCCCUCAACAACCUGCGGGAGAGCCUCAUGCAGUUCAGCAAGCCGCGCAAGCUGGUCAACACCAUCAACCCAGGUGCCCGCUUCAUGACCACCGCCAUGUAUGAUGCCCGUGAGGCCAUCAUCCCAGGGUCAGUCUAUGACCGCAGCAGCCAGGGCCGGCCCUCGAGCAUGUACUUUCAGACCCAUGACCAAAUUGGCAUGAUCAGCGCAGGCCCCAGCCAUGUGGCCGCCAUGAACAUCCCCAUCCCCUUCAACUUGGUCAUGCCACCCAUGCCGCCACCUGGCUACUUCGGGCAGGCCAACGGCCCAGCCACAGGUCGGGGGACCCCAAAAGGCAAGACUGGCCGUGGGGGGCGCCAGAAGAACCGUUUUGGGCUCUCGGGGCCCAGCCAGACGACCCUCCCCAGCAGCCAGGCCAGUCAGGACGUUGUCUCGCAGCCCUUCUCACAGGGCGCACUGACGCAGGGCUAUGUCUCCAUGAGCCAACCCUCGCAGAUGAGCCAGCCGGGCCUCUCCCAGCCUGAGCUGUCCCAGGAUAGUUACCUCGGGGAUGAGUUCAAGUCCCAGAUUGAUGUGGCGCUGUCACAGGACUCCACAUACCAGGGAGAGCGGGCCUACCAGCACGGCGGGGUGCCCGGGCUGUCCCAGUAUUAGAAGGCAACGGCGGAAGAGCUAAGCAACGUGGCUUAGUGCAUCAGCAUAUUAUUCUGGGUAAUAAAAAAUAAAAAUAAACGGAUACCUGUUUUCCACUGCUAAAACUGAAGCACCACUGUGAGCAACAGGAGAGGGGAGAGGAGCAGCGAGGGAGAGGAGAGGAGCAGCAGCAGCGAGGCCGAGCGCCAUUGCCGGCCCCACGGCGAGGAGACAGAGAGUGCGGACGUGCCUGCCCGCUGCCCAGCGGCUCAGCCCCGGGCCAGGCUCCUGUGUCCACACGGGUCUGCGAGCGGGUGGGCGGGAGGAAGACCCUCAGCUCAGAGUAGCCCUUUCCUCUAUUCUUUUAUUUUCUUCUGUCGAAAGGGGACUACGUUUUAGCAGGAGGAACUCCACACUUCGUGCAGAGCGGGCUCCUUGGGAUGGCGCGGUGAGCCAUGCCGUCUGCCGCUGCCACCACCGCCACCGCAACCCAUGUUCUGAAAGGGUUUCAUUUAAAGAAAAUACGGUGUGCUGGGAUUUUUGUUUUUUUCUCUUUUUUUAAGAUUCUUUCAAAGAAGUACUGAAAGCUACACUUUUCCUAAGUUUCUCUCUAAAAGCGGUGGACCUGGGAGAUAUAAGAACCUUCCAGAAGUGAAGUUUAAACAAGCCAGCAAAACUCGAAAUUGGGACAACUACCAUUCGAACAAGAGAGUGAGGAGCAUUUUAGGUUCUAGCUUCCGGCAUCGUCCUGCUGCGAGGCGGCUGCAGGGGCACCACGAGCUCUGCUGGACUCUGAGCAGCAAAGCAGCUUUCGGGGUGGGCAUGAGGGGCCCCACUCUUGAGUGCUCAAGGCCCCUGCCAGGAGGGUCUUCGCAGGGCAGCCAAGGGCCUGUUGCCCAGAGGCAAGAGACCGGAGGGCGGGAAGCGACUGUCCUGGCUGGAGGCUGCUCACCAAGGCCCAUCUUGAGGACUUGGCAGAAAGGUGGCACGAGAGAUCCCCGAUCCUGUCCUGAGAGAGGUGGUCAACUCUGCCUGGAUCACCUCUGCCUGUGAGGUGCCUGGCUGCGGCCGGUGGGGUCUGGUGUUUUGGGAGAAGCAGCAGAUUCAGAAAAGGCAGAUCUGAAGAGGGAGUUGCAGGGAUCUGUGUUGCUGCAGUGGGGAGGGGGCACCUAGCUUGGUUGUGGAUGUGAUUCGUUUUAGUUGGGAGAGCUGCCCCGCCUCCCCCCCAGCUCCUGGCAACCGAAUUUGGGGCAUUGGUCCUCCCUGGCAUCCACCCACCUGGGGACCUAGAGCCAGCCCUGUGGCAGUCACUGGCCCAGCCCCUACCUGGCUUGUGUCGAGGGAGGGGUGGCCUCGUGGCCAGGCAUCCAGGAUGAGUUCCUGCUAUCCCCUGCCCACACCUUGCCCCAUUUGUCCCUUCAGUUGAAUGCUUUGCCUCAGCUCCACGCUUUCACUUUGUUCUGUGCCUUCAGGGUGGUGCUUACUCCGAGUUCUGUGAUCAGGGAGUGCCCCCCAAGGCCAUGUAACUUUUGAUUUUUGGUCAAUUUGUUUUAAGCUGUUUCGUCACCAAUAAAAUAUUAAUAAACA